UGUUGUGCCGGCUGUGAUUGUAUUUGUGUGUAACCUAUUGCUCAUCAAUGCUCAUUCGAAUUUUAUAACGGAUCUAUUGAACACCACCGACGAUUGACACCAUCGGUUGACAUUUCUUUUGUGAAUCAACAAACACAUGAUUUUAUUGCAGUGAACCUUGUCUAAAUGGACACAUUUGCUUUUUCUUCGUGGUUUUUUCGUAGUUCUUCUGUUGUUUUUUGUUUGAGACAGUAGAUUUGUUCAAAUGUUGUGAUAAAAAUUGGUUGGAUUAGUGUUUUUUUAAAUGAAAUUCAGAUUUUGAAACAAUUUUCUUUUUUCAUAAGACUUCGAAAAUUGUAAUUGUGUGUUGGAUUUGGUUUUUGACUCGAAAUUGUUUACUAUUUCAAUUACAAAAAAGUGUUUCGCUAAAAAGAGCCAUUCGAUAAAAAAUCAUGAGCAUUGAUCCCGUAUUGGUCAACAGUGUGACAGAGGGGAGCCUCACAUCUACUGUGACGGACAAGUCGGAAAGUACAACCUACGCUGUUCAGAUUGACUCUAUUGUGCCCAAUGACACAAAAGAUGAAAAUACAAUAUCCGAAAAAAGUGGAAGUUUUGAUCAGGGCACAGGUGCUUUUGGAAAUGAUCAUUUGGGAGAUAAGACGGUGAGUAAGCCGCUGUCGAAAAGAAAAAAUGAAAGUCAAAACAGCUGUGAGUUGCCCGAACCUAAACGGCUAAGACAAGGAACGUCAUCACUUGAAUCAAUAGAACCAAACGUAGCCCUAACAUUGGACAUUGAUACAAUGGCACACGAUUUUGAUGUGAUUGAACCAGUCAGCCUAAGUGAUGCUUCGAAUGUGGAAAGCUGUGAAAAUGUGGCAAAAACACAUGAAGCCGGCAAAGACGAGAUAAAAACAAUGUUGCAGACAAAGGAUUACAAAAUGGUUGAAAUAUGGUCGUCGACAAGUACACUUCGGAUCAAAUUCGAAAAUGGCCUGACCUAUGAAUCAAAUCUCGCUCGUGACCUUGCACCAGCUGAAUUGCAAGAGGUGUCAAAUCUGCUUGAAAAGAUGACUGUGGAUGAAUUUCGAUGCUAUACGUCCCAGGCGUUCAGUUUCAAGAAUAAAAAACUCGCAAAAGCAGGUAAUAAACGCCAGAAGCCAAUAUUCUCCUCCGCCGCCGCAAAAUUGAACAAUUUUAAAGCCCUGGAAUUUGGCGACAUUCGUGACAAAUGUAAUGUAAAAAGCUAUGGAUGGGAUGAUGGUGGUGAUUGUAUCCAAUUCACAUGGAAGACGAAAGAAGAUGAAGUGACGAAAAAAGUUAUCGUAACAAAAUAUAUGGUAAUUCGAAUUAGCUUGCCGAUAUACGCGUUGGAGUAUCAAAUGAAACUGACAUCCGAAAUCUCGUCAGCUGAUUUGCGAAACUUAUUAAAGUUCGUCGAUCAAAAGGGGAAAAAAGACUGGCUAGACUCGAUGAAACACACCAGUUGAUUAUCAUUUGAUCUCUUUGCAAUUUUUUAUCCAGAUCUUAGUCGAUAUUUUUUUCAAGGCGUGAAUCGUUGAAUGGUUUCAUAGUUUCAAUUUAAUUUCAAAAAGUUUUAUAAGCUUGAACUAGUCUCAAAUUGAGACUCUCAAUUUGAAGAAUUUGAAUUUGUUGAUUUCUUUGAAAUGAAUUUCCUCUGCAAAUAAAACUCCAAAAAUAAAUGUUAAUUUUGUAGAUAAUUGAUGUUGAAUAAAACACAACGAAUUGUUUGUAGAUCA